AGAGCUGCGGCCGCACGGUGUGUGGGCUGCAUGUGCCGACAGCCCGUAGUGUGCACAAAGUCCCCAAAACACCGCGGGACCGGUGCAAACCUCAUGCUUGAUUCAUCUCUCGAGUCACAGACAAGCGUGUCUUUUUGGGUCUCAGAGUGCGAACUGCAGGGCAACUUACAUACGAUUUAUUCAAGUUCUGUUAAAUAAUUGUGAUAGGAUCUAAUGCAUGUUUGAUCUGUUUGUUUCGUUUUGUUUUUUAUUUUAUCAGCCACAGUAUGGCACACUCAACAGACAAAAUGUCGCUGCAGAUGGUAUCCACCGUCAGUAACUCAUCCUUGCUUCAGCCGGGCUUCUCUCUCCUGAAUUUUGAUGGGCAUGUUUUCUUUUUUGGUCAGAAAGGAUGGCCAAAGAGAUCCUGCCCCACUGGUGUUUUCCUCCUCGAUAUAAAGCAGAAUGAGCUGAAAAUGAAACCCGCCUUCUUCUCUAAAGACUCGUGUUACCUUCCCCCUCUCCGCUAUCCCGCUCUUUGCAUGCUCAGAAGCGAUGCAAAGGCUGAUGAGUACCAGUAUAUCAUCCAUGGUGGUAAAACACCUAACAAUGACCUCUCUGAUAAGAUUUACUUUAUGAGUCUCGUAAGCAAAACUAGCAAGAAAAUGACAUUCCAAUGCAUUGAGAAAGACCUGGGUGGAGAUGUCCCUGAAGCUAGAUAUGGGCAUACAAUUAAUGUAGUUCAUAGCCGGGGAAAAAGCAUGAGUGUUCUGUUUGGAGGGAGGUCAUAUACUCCUCUUGCACAAAGAACCACUGAAAAAUGGAACAGUGUAGUUGACUGCUUGCCAUCUGUGUUUCUCAUUGAUUUUGAGUUUGGAUGUUGCACAUCAUACAUCCUUCCAGAGCUUCAGGAUGGACUUUCUUUCCACGUUUCAAUUGCCAGAGAUGAUACAAUCUACAUCUUGGGUGGCCACUCACUUCAAAAUAACACCAGGUCCCCCAACUUGUACAAGGUAAAAAUUGAUCUGCCCCUGGGCAGCCCAGCUGUGACCUGCAGCAUCCUGCCAGGGGGGGUAUCUGUGUCAAGUGCUAUAGUGACACAGAUAAGUGAUACUGAAUUUGUCCUUGUCGGUGGCUACCAUUCUGACAACCAGAAACGGUUGGUGUGUAACACCAUAGUUCUGGAAGAUAGUAAGCUAGAGAUUGUUGAAAGUGUGAGCCCAGAGUGGACACCAGAUAUUAAACACUGCAGAACAUGGUUUGGCUGUGAUAUGGGUAAAGGAUCUAUUUUGCUGGGCGUUCCAGGGGCCAACAAACAAUUAAGCCCAGAUGCAAACUACUUUUACAUUUUGAGAUGCAAAGGAGCAGAAGAGGACAAGGAAGAAGAAUCAAUAACACAAAUUUGCAGUCAGACAUCAAGUGAAGACCCUGGAGACUCCACUCCAUUUGAAGACUCGGAGGAGUUUUGUUUUAGCGCUGAAGCCAAUAGCUUUGACGUUGACGAUGCUGACACUUACAAUGAAGAUGAUGAAGAAGAUGAAUCAGAAACGGGCUACUGGAUCACCUGCUGUGCCAGUUGCAAUAUUGACAUUAACACCUGGGUCCCUUUCUAUUCGACAGAACUCAACAAGCCUGCAAUGAUCCUGUGUUCCAGUGGGGCUGGCCACUGGGUCCACGCGCAGUGUAUGGAUCUCUCAGAGACCAUGCUUCUCCGUCUCUCAGAAGCAAAUGUCAAGUACUUCUGCAACAACCACGCUGACCUUAAUAAAGGGCUACAGACUCCCCAAAAGGUGGUGUGCCUGAAAAAGCAACCCAUGAAACCAUUGCGCAAAAAGAAAGCCAUGAAGUUAUCAACAUCAGCGAAAAAGUCCUUUCUUCGGAGAUUGUUUGAAUAGAUUUACAGUGCUGAUUUGUAUUCACCUGGGAGAAAAUGGAAUCCCAGGCAAAGGCAGCAAUGGUUGAAGGAAAGUGGGCUCUCGGAGCUCAAAGAGGUCUUCUUAUUCCAGUUAUCUCAAUGUUUUUGUUACAUUUCAAAGCACAUUAAUUUAUUCCGUCCCUUAUGUGUAUUUUUGUAAUAUCCAGACAGGGAACCCA